CGCACUGAGGGCGGGCGCGGAUCCUCUGCUCCCAGCCAUCCUGUUUUAUGGAGCUGCGGGCCAGGGCCAGCCCAGCUCCCCUGCUGCCUUCCGGCGAUGCUGCUGGUCCCGGCGUGGAGAGACCCUCGGCAGCCCCGCAGAGCCUGAGCGCCGAGGUGGCAGCGGCGGCGGCCCCCCUGUGCGCCCCGGCUGACUACUAUGGCCGUGUACUGCUAUGCGCUCAAUAGCUUGGUGAUGAUGAAUAGCAACAGCGAGGUGACAAGCGGCGGGAGCAAGACGCCGCCUCCUCCCGGACAAGUGCUGCCCAGGGGCCCGGAGACACCCAGCAGCUGCCGCCCGCUCCCCGUCUUCAGCCCAGCCCCUGUGCCACCCCGCUCCCCGCGCCGUGGCCCUGCUUUCCUCUUCCCACCGCUCGAGGAGCCCCUGCGGCAGCCGAGCAGCCCUGGGGGGCGGCGGGGCAGCCGGGGCGAAGAGGGGCAGCCAGGACCCCCCACAGCACGGCAACUUCAGCGGGAGCUGCACAAUGUCCAGGUGAACCAGAAAGUGGGGCUCUUCGAGGCACACAUCCAGGCACACAGCUCUGCCGCCCAGCCACCGCGGAGCCCCCGGCCAUCCCGGCCCCAGCCCGCCAGCCCCACAGCGCCAAUGGUGAGACUUGGAACCGGACCCCAGCUGCGAGCCUACAGGGAGAGUGAGGCCCCUGAUGUUGGUGGGGUGCAGGUCUGGCCGAGCACUGCAGAGCCCUCGGGGAGGCCAGUGGUGAUGGUGGUCCCAGCUGUGGGGCCGGCGGAGGGCAGCAGCCCCCUGGAGCUGUCAGGGCUUGCACCGCGGCGAGGCGAGGUGGUGGUGGCCCCCACAGGACUCGAGGGCCAGUGCCCAGCUGUCGGCGGGAGCAUCCCUGCCGUCAUCGUCACGGACCUGGGGGGCCCGGAGGAGGAGGCGGGCACCGUGCCCCCCGGCAGCCUGCCCGUCCGGAAGCUGUCGUCAUCCUCAGCCUCUUCCACCGGCUUCUCCUCAUCCUGGGAGGAGUCCGAGGAGGACAUCUCCAGUGACCCUGAGCGCACCCUGGACCAGACACCAGCCUUCCUGCAGACCCUGGACCAGCAGAAGCCACGAGUGAGCAAAUCAUGGAGGAAGAUCAAGAAUAUGGUGCACUGGUCCCCAUUUGUGAUGUCUUUCAAGAAGAAGUACCCUUGGAUCCAGCUAGCGGGACACGCAGGUAGUUUCAAGGCAGCGGCCAACGGCAGGAUACUGAAGAAGCACUGUGAAUCGGAGCAGCGCUGCCUCGACCGCCUGAUGAACGAUGUCCUGAAGCCCUAUGUUCCUGCCUACCACGGCGACGUUGUGAAGGACGGGGAGCGAUACAACCAGAUGGAAGAUCUGCUGGCUGAAUUUGACUCCCCCUGCGUUAUGGACUGCAAAAUGGGGGUCAGGACAUACUUGGAAGAGGAGCUCAUAAAGGCCCGGAAGAAGCCGAGCCUGAGGAAGGACAUGUACCAGAAGAUGAUCGAGGUGGACCCCGAUGCCCCCACCGAGGAGGAGAACGUGCUGCGGGCAGUAACCAAGCCCCGCUAUAUGCAGUGGAGGGAGACCAUCAGCUCGACCGCCACGCUGGGCUUCAGGAUCGAGGGGAUAAAGAAAGAGGAUGGCACUGUGAACCGGGACUUCAAGAAGACGCGGACAAAGGAACAAGUCACGGAGGCCUUCAGGGAGUUCACCAGAGGAAACCGCAACGUUUUGAACAGUUACCUUAACCGGUUGAAGGGUAUCCGCGCUACCCUGGAGACAUCCCCAUUCUUCAAGUGCCAUGAGGUGAUCGGGAGCUCCCUCCUCUUCAUUCAUGACAAGAAGGAACAGGCCAAAGUCUGGAUGAUUGACUUUGGGAAAACCACCCCGCUGCCGGAGGGACAGGUUCUCCAGCACAACGUGCCCUGGGUGGAAGGGAACAGAGAGGACGGCUACCUCUGGGGACUGGACAACCUCAUUCAGAUCCUGACAGAGUUGUCCCAGAGCGAAGACUUGCAUUAAAGCCGUGCGUCCGACUCUGCCACUACCCCCAACCUGCCCCCGACUGACUCUUCUGAACUGCACUACAAGACACUUUCCAGCCCUCGCCCUUCCCAUUUGAAAGCUAUACUCUCCCUAUUUAAUGUGUUUUUGUUGUGGUUUUUUAGGUUGUCUUGGUUUUUUUUUUUUCCUCUCCAUGUAAAUAGAGAGCUAACCUGCCAGAACAAAAGCUGAACUUGAAAUCUUGGCUUCGCAGAGUCAGUGGGAGCACACGGCCGUGCCAGCCGGGAGCAGUCUGGAGGGAUUGCUUAGGCAAGCGCAUGCUUUGCCUAUCACGCUUUUGUCUCUUGCGCAGCCUGAUUUUAAGAGGGCUGGUGCAGGAAGGAGCCUCUCGCUGCGCUGGGAUCAGUAGCUUCAUCCUGAAAACACUCAGUGGCCGUGCCCAGGACCCUCUGGCAGCCAGGGUGCCUGAGCAAGGCCUGGAGACGGCGAAGGAUACUGGAGCGGGAGCCCUUUAGUUGUCUUUGCCAGCACCUUUCAGCCUAGGGAACUGGCUGUGCUCAGUCCUUAAAAGAUGCUAGAAGGGCAGAUGAGGGUUUUUCUUUGUGUUCAAGACAUCCCGUAGAGGUUGCUCAGUUAUUUUCAGGUGGCACUGGAGGGUGAGGGUUUCCCUUCUGCUACAGGGCCACGUGGUCGGGCACAGGUAUUUGCCAUGGCCAAGCGCUUCCCACCCACAUCCCCCAUGCUGGGUGCACUGGCUUGGUGGGUAACACUUCGAGCUCCUCUCUAGAGACCCAGCUCCCCUGCUAGGAGCUGCUUCCAGCCCUCCUUAGCUGGGGUCUCCAGCCCUCCGCGGGGAAUAGACUUUGGGCAGGGCUGGGGGAGAGAAAAAUAGCUUAUAAAGGACUAAUAUGAGAUCUAAAGUAGCCAUCCCGGUUGAUCAGUCUUUUUUGGCAGCAGCCGAGCACAUGUGUAGGGGUAGUGCCGCCAAUGCCCGCACCUGGCCCAGGGCAACCCUCCCACCUGGAGUAUCUCUGUAAUUUUUAUCAGCAGCAGGCAAAGGGUUACAGCAGCAAAGCAGCUCUUGAGGUGGCCGGCUUAGUCGUCUUUGGCAAAGCAGAGCUGGGGUCAGGCAUCCCCAUGCCUUCCUUUUUUUCUUCCGCAGAGCUGGAUGACUCUGCUGCUGCUCUUCGGCGCUGGCUUCCCAGCCUGCUCGGGCUGCGCGUACGGCCUCUGCGCUCCCCCUCCUGCGAAAACACCCAGUUCCCUAUUUAGGGCGGAGGCUAUUUUUUAACUUCCUGGAACAUUUGAACUUAGUGGCUUGCUCACGGCAGAGCUGGCUCGCUAAAGGUCACCCAUCGAGAGGACGGCGGGGAGGGGAGGCUGCAGGGCAAGCCGGGGAGUCCCUCAUGUUGAGGACAGAAGGAGCGUGGUGCGCAGGAGGUGGUGCAGGAGCUUGGCAGCCGCGAAUCCCUCACCUGCUCCAUCCCCAAACCCACCAUCUCAUCUCGCUCCCUGGGAGCGGUGCUCCAGAGCCCCUCUGCCAUCGUUCGGUGGGUCCAGCACCUUUGGUGGGGGAGGUCUUCUGGCAGCAAUAAGGAAGAGGAGUUGGCCAUCAAGCCGUCUGCAGCCAUGCCCCAGCCUCUUUCCCGAGGACUGAAGUCUCCUAAGGUUUUUCUCAGUUCAUAUCUCACCAGACAGAUGUCUUUAGCUCAUCUGAUGCCAUUGUAAAUGGUUGCACUGUUUUAGCUCCUUGCCAGGCUUUCUAGAAUAGCCCAUGUGGAAGUGCCUUAUAGACUUGCCUCUGUUCCAUUAGUGUCAUGGAAAAGGUUGGGUUUUUUUAAGUUAUAUUUAUUUUCAUCCCAUUUUAAUUGCACAAAACACUAAAACUUAAUGCAUGGAAUCCCUCUUUUUUUUUUUUAAACUGUGUUUUUAAUUUUUAAACCAUCCCUUUUCCAGCUUUGGAAAAAGGGUGUGAACAGAUAUGCAUAGAUAUGUACCACUUAUUGCUGUACUUUAGCUUCGAGCUGCUCUUAUAUAUGUAUAUUAUUUUUUAAGCCUGUUUAUAAACCAGAUUCCUUGCUUCGUGGCUUCGGAAGAAGCAGAUUGUUCCUCUCAGAUGUCUUAUGCCUUUCUGGAGGCUGGAACGGUUGCUGUGAGGGAUUUUCCCUGCUCCCACCACCCCUCUCGGUCAUUGAGUAAUACAGAAAAAAAUCCGAACCGGUCUGAAACACCAACGCACAGUGCCUGUAAAAAAAUCCUGUAACUUUGCAAAUAAAGGCAUAUGGGAAGCAUU